UCAACCAGCGGGCUCUCCGCUGAGGUGACGGAUGUCGCCGAGCAGCCGGGGUUUCGGCCGGUGGUGGGGUCGGUAAAGGCCCCCCACAGCCCCAGGCUCCGCGUUUAGGCAGUGAGGGGACAACCGGGAAGAAGGCCCGCCGAUGAGGGGCUUUGCGGGCAGGCCAGCGGGGAGGCGGCGUGUCUUGUGCCUCCACCGGGACACCCGCCCGUUCCCCCGCCGCCGGCUCCAGCUCGGCCGGAAGGAUUGAUGUUUAUUCACUAGGCGGUAAAACCGUUCCAGCCACCUCGGCUUCUUUAUCGCCGCGUGAGUCUCCGCACUAUCAUUAACCCCGCGGCCGAGAGGGGAAUUGGAGCUCAGGAGGGAAAUUAACCCGCCUGAGGUUAAAGCAACCACGGGGCCGGGAACGAGCUGCGCGACGGGGCAUUCCCAGUCCCGGGCAGCAAACGCUGCAGCUCUCUGCGGCUCCUGGACGACCGGAGGAGCACACACCGGUUCUCUCUUCCGCAGGGAAACCAGGCCCACCCCGCUCCUCUCCCCUCGGGCCGCCCGUUAACGUCAGGGGGCGGGGGAAGGGGGUCACGGAGGGUGUGUGUAAGAGCGGAGAGAACGGCGGCCCUCACGCAUGCGUUAACGGCUGUUGGUGUAGGGCGGCUGGGGGCUGAGGAGCGGAGUGACUUGUGAGGAAUUGCCUUCCCCGGAGCCUGGACCUGGGUGUUGUUAUUUUGUUUUGUGGCCUAGCAAGAAACGGUUUCAUUUCCCGAGCUGUUGGCAUCUUCUUGCUUGGAUUUAGUCGUAGAGGAAUGCAGCUGAUAAGUCCUUAACCAGCCUGUGCUCCCAUAGGCAGCACCAGAAGCUGGCUUCAUCUUCACUUUGCCACUUUGGGGUUGGGCCUCUCUUUGUUACCUACUUGGGUACCUUUUUAGUGGCAAUGUAGACUAAAGGAGAUGGAAGAAAAGGAGCGAUGUGAUAAAUUCCAUCUGGUACCUUGAGACUAAGGGGAUUAAUAUCUUUUGACUUCUUUUUCAGUGGGGGGGAGGGAAGUAUUACAUUUUAUGGGGUAUGAGUGGAAGGAGGAAAACUAUGUUGCUGAUCUCGAUGUGGUUUUUAAAACCAGCCAUCAGAGGCAAUUAUUAAAUAAACUGAAACACAAGAGGAGGGUUUGGGAGCUGGAAGCAGUGCUAGCCUACAAAAGAAAGGGGCAGUGGGCUGCUGUUGUGACUGUGGAGGAAGAAACUUCAGCCUCCUUCGUUUCUCAUCACCUGCUCUCCACACACCCUGUGAGAAAAUGAGUUGUGUGCCAUGGAAAGGUGACAAAACCAAAUCGGAAUCACCAGAGCCACCUCAGCCACCACCACUGCCCAUUUACCAUGAGAAGCAGCGUAAGGAGCUGUGUGCCCUCCAUGCUCUCAACAACGUCUUCCAGGACAGCAACGCCUUCACUAGGGAAACCCUGCAGGAGAUUUUUCAGAGGCUGUCUCCCAACACCAUGGUGACGCCCCACAAGAAGAGCAUGCUGGGGAACGGAAACUAUGAUGUGAACGUGAUCAUGGCAGCACUUCAGACCAAAGGCUACGAGGCAGUUUGGUGGGACAAGCGCAGGGAUGUGAACGUCAUUGCCCUGUCUAACGUGAUGGGUUUCAUCAUGAACCUGCCCUCCAGCCUUUGCUGGGGCCCCUUGAAGCUCCCCCUUAAGCGACAGCACUGGAUCUGUGUCCGUGAGGUGGGAGGCACCUACUACAACCUUGACUCCAAACUCAAGGUGCCCGAGUGGAUUGGAGGUGAAAGCGAGCUCAGGAAAUUUUUGAAACACCAGCUGAGAGGCAAGAACUGUGAACUCCUGCUGGUGGUGCCGGAGGAGGUGGAAGCACAUCAGACCUGGAGAGCUGAUGUGUGACCAGGACUGACUCUGUCUUCCCACUACAGCUCUUCCCUUUGCUGAACUCCUGAUAUCCUCAAAACCUGGAUCAUGGGUGCCCCAACUCCUCUCAUCUGGAAUUUCCUUUGUUAAGAUCUUCUCUUUCUUCCUUGGUGCAAUAGGGCAAUGGCGCUGGACACUGGAGGUGCUGGGUGAGGGAGAACUGAGGGCAGAGUGGAGGAAACUGGAAGUCAGUCUCUUCAGUCACAAAGGCGGGUGAGCUGCUAUAGCAGGCACUGCGCUCACUCCUGAAAACUGGGCUUCAGGGCUCUGGGAGCCUUUGGACAUCCUUUCCCCACACAGUUUGAGGCCACUUGUGGUGGGGCUUGCUGGGGAGGAGCAAGGACUGAGCAAACCAGCACCUCUUCACAAGCUUCUCCCUCCAAAACAAGUUGUCAUGGAGGCCGUUGCAAUUCCUACAGGUCUCUCAGGACACGCUCAAACACUAGGAAUGGUACGGUGCUCGGCACCACCCUCUGCUUCCGAGGGGUCGUUUGUGCCAGGAAUUAGGAAACAAUAAUAAGAGCAGCAUCAUCUUUCAAUAAACUUUGGGGAACUUGAGGAUCCUUCCCCAGUGUCUCAAGGGACUGACAUUUGUGGCGAGAAGCUGUUCCACAGCAUGUGGCUGCUGGCAAAGGUGACGUGGAAAUAGCAAGUGCAGGAUCAUUGAGGAGCAUCAUGUUUCUUGGCUGCAGAGAGGCUGUAGUCUGCUUGGGUUUUCUUUGUGCUGUGGUUGAGUGGUUUGGGGUUUGUUUUUACUUUUUUUAACAUCCGUUUUGGUUUUCUGCGUGGUCACCCAGUAGUUUAGGGGCUGCUCGGAGAGAGGAAGAAAACUGAAAGGGUUUUGAGAGGAACUGUGAUUCCCUUUUAUUUUCCUCUUUUCAGAAGUCUAACCUGCAGUCAUGGAGACGUUCUGAGAAUGUCCUAGAAAGAGGUAAAGUUAAAGAAAAAGCUCAGCCAAGGAGGGGACCCUUCACAGCAGUCAGGUUGUGUCCCUAUUAUAGUUACUAGCCAAGAAUGUGGGGGAUGCAGAGGGCCCACCAGAACCUGUGGACAGUUGAGAGACCCUGACCCUAUGUUGAAUCAACUUCUUCAGUGUUGGCUAACAAGCAUUCUGUUCAUGGACAAAUAGCUUUUUCCUUUCCUCCUUUCCACGGGGAAGAGUGACCAGGCAUGGAAACAGCAAGAGGGCUUGGAAACCCCACAGGCUGUUUCCCAGUGUUCUGGGUGAGCUGCAGCUCAGUCAUGCCUUCCACAUCAGGAGGAAACACCAAAUUUGGAACAGACUCUUGCAUUCAGUGCUUCCUGGUUCAGCUGUUGUUCACUUCCCUCCUUGACACGUGGGAUAACAGCAAAUGCUGGGGGACAACACAGCUCCAAGGAAACCAUUCCAUCCUGCAGGAAAGUCUGAUUUAUCCUGUUGGAGUUUGCGGGAGGGGUUGUAACUACCUUGUCUAAGUUCUUUUUCUCUCAAGAGCUCUGCAAACACACGAGCAGGUGCUCAAAGCUGAGAGACCACCAAAACCUGCACCUUCCUAAUGGAGAUCAGAGGCCACAUAAGUGAGGGGAUGCCACUGUUCGGGACAUCUGGAAGCAGUGUUUUGCAGUCAAGGCCUCCCACAGCUGAGAGCAAAACAGCUCUUGCGCGUUUUAAAGACCCAAUGUUUGUAUGAGAAGUCCUAUUUCGUAACACAUUCCAAUGACCAAUACCAGCUGGCAGAGGUUUUUAAACACUUUCCUACUGGCAGGAUGUGCAGCCUGCGGCAUUCUGCUCAUGACUUGAAGCCAUUUCUUCAAGAGGGGGGAAAACAUAAACUAAAUAAAUCUAGACAGCAAUGUUUUCUACGCUGAAUAGUCGCACUUUGGAGAAACCCUAUUUGCAUGGAAGCUGCGAGCCAAGGGCUCAGUGCACAAUAUGCAAAGAUGUUUUCAACUAUUUUGGGGCUAAUUUCCUUUCCUUGUUUAGUCCCCUCCUUUCCCAUGAAGGGGAACUGGUUAGAUCCAGCUGCUCAGGUAAAGGGAAAGUGGGAUCACACCCCACAGGAGGGGAGGGAGCUCUGCAGGCCCGAGGGGGAUGGGUGAGGCAGCCCAGUGCUCACCUGGGAUUGGAGAAGCCCCAGGUUAUUUUCUUGCUUGUUUGGUUUCAUUAGAGCCUCUUUGUCUUGGGUUUGUUUACAGAGAUGUAUUUUGUUUAACCAAAUAUUAAAAAUGGGGAAAAAAAAUCCAUAUAAAUGUCCUAUCACUUCUGUAUGUUCAACUGAAUUGUUCUGUAAAGGAUGUAAAGGCAAAAUAAAUUUUUUUUGUUCUUUGGUUAUAAAACUGCUACCUUUCUACACAAACCUGAGAGUA